CAAAUAUCCCAGGGAUUGCAGACAUCAACCAUGUAUUUCCAGUCUUCUUCUGAAACUCUGCUCUUACUACAUCUAUACCAACUGUGAUUCUCUUUGGGACAAAUACAAGGAUUUCUAUAUUAAUCCGUAGCUUAAAAUAGAUUCUAGAUCUCCUGUGUUUGAUGUUUGCUGGUGAUACAGUCUAGCAACUUUCUUAAUCAUCUUCUUUUUCUAAAUCAAAGAAUGUCAAGCACAAGUUCAUCUGGAUCUUCGUUGUGUCGCCAAGCAUCUAUAGUGGCUAUUGCUUGUUUCAUCUUCCUGAGUGCUUUGUUCUUCUAUACUUCACCUAUGAUCAGCCGUCCACCGCCAUUACCUGCUCCUAAACAUUACUUGGAAAGAACCUAUAUGACAAACUCCUCCUUAAAGGAAGAUAAACCAAUACUUUUGUUAUGGGUCUGGCCUGAAAACUACAGAUUCGAUCCGAGCGACUGCAAAGCUAUUUACAACAUUGACGGCUGUCACCUGACGGACGAUAGAUCUCUCUACAACAACACGGAUGCUGUGCUGCUUUUUCAUAAAGCUAUUCGUCUGAACACACUUCCUCCAUCUCCUCGCCCUCCGUUUCAAAAGUGGAUAUGGAUGAAUGUUGAAUCACCAACUAACACAGGGAAAAAACCAGGACUUGAAAACCUGUUUAAUCUGACUCUCAGUUAUAGAGAGGACUCUGACAUUCCUGUCCGGUUACGCCUGACUACCAAUAAAAUCCCAGAUGAAAAUUUUGAAAUUCCCAAAAAGGAAAAACUCAUUUGUUGGGUUGUGAGUAACAAUGCACGCAGGACAGGUGUUGGCACGAGAAACACGUACUAUAAAGAACUUAGCAAGUACGUCCACAUACACGUGUAUGGAAAAGCUUAUGGAACGUUCCUGGAUUAUAAAGACUACUAUCCCACCAUAGCCAGCUGUAAAUUUUAUCUCUCCUUUGAGAACUCCAUUCACAAAGACUACAUCACUGAGAAGUUAAAUGGACCUCUGGCAGUAGGUACUGUACCUGUGGUGCUGGGACCUCCUCGAAAAAACUAUGAAAAGUUUGUACCGGGUGACUCAUUUAUUCAUGUGAACGACUUUCCAAAUGCAAAGUCACUAGCAGAAUAUCUGAUCCGUCUGGACCUGGAUGACGAUGCAUAUCGCAGGUACUUUAACUGGAGGAGAUAUUUCUCAGCUCGACCUCAUUUAAUAUUGAAGAACCAAGAGUUUCUUCUGGCUAUUUGUACGGCCUGUGAUUAUGUAGGAAGACACAAGGAAUAUAAACAAGCUCAUGAUAUUUAUAAAUGGUUUUUUAACUAAUGUCAUCUCAGAUACAGGUAUUUUGUCACAGGUAUUUUGAAGUUAAUUUAAUUUUAUGAGGAGACACCUCAUGGCUGUAUUUUGUCUCGUGUUAGGAAAUAUGAGCACUCUAUAAAAUAGUAUUGUAUAUAAUAUAUUUUAUAGCACAGAUUUUGAAGUUUGUAACUAAUCAUAUGAUUCCAAAAUGGUAAAUGGACAUCAUUUAUAUAGCGCUUUUAUCCCAUGGCCAUCCAAAGCACUUUACUCACACUCAUACACCGACGGCAGUGUGGCCAUGCAAGCGCCAUCCAUCUGGUCGGGAGCAGCUGGGGUUAGGUGUCUUGUUCAAGGAAACCAGGGAUUGAACCACCAAGCUUCCGAUUUGUAGGCAACCUACAUGAACCGUAACCACUGCUGAAGUUUGUAACUAAUCAUUUGAUUCCAAAACACUGAUGCAUUUGUUUCGAUAUGGUGCAUAUGUAUUUCUGCUUUUGUACUUUACUUAUCACAAUCAAAUCAGAUUUGUUUCCUUUUCCAGCUCCUCACUUGGAUAAUUUUGGAUAAAUUUAAAUGCAAAUGUAAAUGUGUGUGUUUGUCGUUCACAAGGAUGCAAAUGUAUGCAAACAAGGCUGUGAAGUUACUUUACAAUGAUGCCAUAGGUGAACCAUAGAAAAGGUUUCUCCAUGGCAUCGUGAAGCACCUUUAUUUUUAAGAGUGUAACCACAUCUUGAACAUUGGGGCGGAGGUGGGCGUGCAGAUAUUUGUCUGUACACUGUAAAAAACUGUUCAAACUGUUUGUUUAGUUUUGGCAAGUCAAUUCAACCUAUUAAAACAAAGAAACAAAAGAAGAGG